AUGGGUCCGAGAAAAUCCGAACGUCUUUCUGUCAAACGAGUGAAACUGGCAGCAAAUAUUGCGAAUCUGGCAUUUAUGGAAACGGAUUCUGAAAAAUCAGGAACCAUUCCGGAAGUGGUGGAUCCGGGAGAGGGUUGCUCACGAAGCAGCGCUUUCAACCAAUCUCAAUCAAUAUCUGAAAGUUCAGCAAUUGAAAUAACCAAUGAUUUGGAGGCACCUGUAGCCGUUGCGUCUGUUAUAAGAUAUCAUAAGGCGCCGCAACCGGAAACAAGUUCUAUUGAGCAGGAUCUAAACGAUACAGCUACGAUUAUAAAAAAGCUGGAAGAUAAAAUUAGUAGCUUGACUAAACAAAACGAGCGUCUUACAGAGCUUAAUUUCAAACUGCAACACGCUGUAACAAACACCACGGGAGCUACAUUCACUGAACUUCCCGGAUACCCGAAGAAAGACUGGCUUAUCAAAGUUACACAAUCCUGCAAAGAUAGCGAUUACAUGUUUGUGAAGGAACUGUUAAUUGAAUUAUUUCCGGAAGGAACUGGCGAUGCAACUGUGACUGGAAAGUCAUCUAACAACCCGGGCGGAGUUAAAGGACUAUCAGCGAAACCUGUAGACACGCCGGACAGAACACAGCUUGAUCCAUCAAAAGUGGGAUAUAUGAAAGAUCGCCUUUAUGAAAGAAGGCUCAUAAUGCAGGACUCCCCAGGAACAGCUUACGAGAAGGCCGUCAAGAAAGCGUCUUUGAUUACACGCGUUACUUCGAACAAUCCAGGAAUUAAACAUAAGUAAAUUGGUAUUAAAUUUUUAUCAACAUAUUUUGAUAGAAAAAAUCGGUGAUCCACUAAUUAUUCAAGAAGAUAAAAAUAUGUAAACUCAUAUUUUAUUCUUAUCAGUUUCUUUGGAAAGAGAGA